AUGUUACAGCAAGGAGAUUUCGUUACGCAAUGGAGUUCCAGCGGCCUGGUGCAGGGAAAUUACGACUACCAGCCGUCGAUGGGUGGCAGACCAGGGCGUGGAAGAGCUGGAUUCGGACCGCCUGUUGGCGGAGGCUUCAAUCGUAGCGAUGCUGGCCAUGGACGCGGCAGAGGUGGAGCAGGCGACUUUGGGGGUGGUCGCGGCCGUCUGAACUACUCCGGGCGAUACUCGUAUGAUAGAAGGUUCGUUUUCACAAAACAAUUGAAUGGCCCGGCGAGCAUGCCCAGUGCUUGA